AUGGAGCCGCCCAGUGAUGAGCAUGGCAGACACAAUACCCGCCCAGCCGAGCCAACUUUGGCAUCGAAUCCGCACAAUCCGAAUUCAGCUGCAUACCUCGCAUACCCUGUCAAGCACGUCGUUUCUAGUCUUUACCGGCGGAUGACUGAGCCACCAGACCAAUCGGUAUCAAGACUACUCGACGCGCCAGUAUCAUCCUCGGGAUAUUACACACCACCGAAACGCACAGCAUCGCCUUUCACUCCUCCGCCCCUCACCCCACUCACUCUAAGAUCCACAGGCCCUCCCUCACGUUUACUACUCACCCGUUCACUUGCCGAAGAGAUACGGCUCCUCGUUCCACCACGCCUCCAGCUGGUAGACAAUUGGCGUCUGGCAUACAGCCUCGAAGCACAUGGAGCAUCUUUACACACACUGUACAGUUGCUGUCAACGCGCAGCUGCCCGUAGUCAGCGCGCCGGCUACGUAGUUGUAAUCCGCGACUCCGCGUCAGCCAGCAAUGGCGCAAUAUUCGGCGCGUACCUUACAGACCCUCCAAAACCUUCCCUCCAUUACUUCGGCACUGGCGAAUGCUUCCUCUGGAAAGCCAGUAUUCUCUCCUCUGUCCGUUUUCUCCAUUCCGGCCUCAAUGGCAACAGUAAUGGCGAGCCUCCAUCUGAAGACCUUCUGCAGCUAGCUGGCCUCCCUCCGCCACCCAGCGCAGACACCACCAACCUACAACGAACCACUAUUCUGCGAGGUGACCAUUCACCAAAACCCCAAACUACACACAACGGAGAUCUCCUUCUCCAGCUGCCGGCUGAAGAACAAUCCGGCACAAGCACUCCCGACCGAAUUCGCUUCAAAGCCUUUCCCUACAGCGGCAUCAAUGAUUUCAUGAUCUAUUGCGAAAGCGGGUACCUCAGCGUCGGUGGUGGGGACGGUCAUUAUGGGCUUUGGCUGGAUGAUCAACUUGAACACGGCAUCAGCGAUCCGUGCCCGACGUUUGGGAACGAAGCUCUGAGCGAAGAGGGACACAAAUUUGAUGUACUUGGGGUUGAGGUGUGGUAUAUUGGUGCAUAA